AUGUACACUCAUUCAGAAGUGCAUUUUGAGGCAGCCUGGGCACUGACCAACAUUGCCUCAGGUACCUUCCUUCACACCAAGGUGGUGAUUGAAACCCGAGCUGUUCCUAUUUUCAUUGAGCUGCUCAACUCUGAGUAUGAGGAUGUCCAGGAACAGGCUGUAUGGGCACUGGGGAACAUAGCAGGAGAUAAUGCUGAGUGCAGAGACUAUGUGCUGAACUGUGGGAUCCUGCCGUCUCUGCAGCAGCUACUUGCCAAAUCCAACCGUCUCACAACAACCCGCAAUGCAGUGUGGGCUCUGUCCAACCUUUGCCGGGGGAAGAACCCUCCACCGGACUUUGCCAAGGUAUCUCCUUCUCUCAGUGUGUUGUCCAGGCUUCUGUUCAGCAGUGAUCCAGAUGUGCUGGCUGACGCUUGCUGGGCUCUGUCCUACCUUUCUGACGGCCCCAAUGAGAAGAUCCAGACGGUCAUAGACUCCGGGGUGUGCCGCAGACUGGUGGAGCUGCUCAUGCACAGCGACUAUAAGGUGGUUUCUCCUGCUUUACGUGCGGUGGGCAACAUUGUAACAGGAGAUGACAUCCAGACUCAGGUAAUCUUGAACUGUUCAGCACUGCCGUGUUUACUGCACCUCCUCAGCAGUCCCAAGGAGUCCAUCAAGAAGGAGGCGUGCUGGACUGUGUCUAACAUCACAGCAGGAAACAGGGCUCAGAUUCAGAAUGUGAUUGAUGCCAACAUCUUCCCGGUACUCAUUGAAAUUCUUCAGAAGGCCGAGUUCCGCACAAGGACAGAGGCAGCGUGGGCCAUUACUAACGCCACCUCCGGGGGCACUCCUGCACAGAUACGGUAUCUGGUGUCUCUGAAUGCCAUUAAACCCAUGUGUGACCUGCUGACUGUGAUGGAUUCCAAGAUCGUGCAGGUGUCUCUCAACGGCCUUGAGAACAUCCUCAGACUGGGAGAACAGGAGGCCAAACAGAACGGAACAGGCAUCAACCCUUAUUGUGCCCUCAUUGAGGAGGCUUAUGGCCUAGACAAGAUCGAGUUCCUGCAGAGCCAUGAUUGA